CUAUUCGCAAACUUUUGGCAAUUCAUCACAUCGACAAUCCACUUCCAGUACAACAGCCUGCUAACCACUCUGCUUGCUAAUAUGGAAUGGCAAAACUACGGAAUUAACAAAAGAUCACUAAGGGUCUCAUCACCAGUAGGCCUGCAACGAAGUACCUACUUCAUCUCCUUGCCUUGGAGAUAUGGCAUCCCGCAAAUGGUGGCGGUAUCAUUUUUGCACUGGACACUUUCCCAAAGCGUCUUUGCAGUGCCGGUGGAGAUGUACAGCAGCGAUGGUUCGUUUAGUGGGAGGUUCACUACGAUGGGUUAUAGCUUUUGGCCAAUCUUUACAUCCAUUAUUUCUGGUACCGUGAUGAUUGCAAUACUUGUGGGUUUGGGAUUCCGCAGAUACAAAGGUGGGAUGCCUUUGAGUGCGACUUGUAGUGUUAUCAUCAGUGCUGCUUGCCACCGCCCGGAUGGAGACAAGGAAGCUCACCUAUUCCCGGUAAAGUGGGGAGCAGUC